CUCCAUGUCAAGCUUGUACCGCCCGGUCGUGACAAGAAUGACAGAGGCGACGCACCAAAUGAGCCUCUCAUCAUUGAAAGAAUGUAUAACAGCAAGAAAAUAUCGGAGAACUCAUACCUCGAGUUCAGGAGCAUAUGUACCGUGGAAUUGGAUGAAUAUGUCGUGCUAGACGGACACUUGGAAAUGGACAGUUGGGUUCGCCUGUUUGGGCUGUACAUGUCCACUGUAUCGAGAACUGCAACUCAGCAGCUACAAAAGACUCCAGAGUUUAGAAGACAGAUCAGGGAUGUCUUUGAUGAUCUUACCGGAGACCUAGACGAGAACGAACAGAGGGUAGCCGGUGCUGUAUCGACAGAUCUGAUUCAACGCGCCACUAGCAACAACGCCUCACUUCAAAGCCAGCAGUUUCCCGGUGAGCGUGGUGAGGAGAUAAUAUCUACGACCAGAGUUACCCAAAAUCAUCAUCUCAAGACCCGCGAGGGUAACGUCAUUAGCAACAACCGGCAAGACACGGAAGUGCGACAUCCACGAGGGCGCUCAACGGAGGAGACACGACGUCGACGUAGUAGAUCUCCACAUGGAGUGGAGCCGGAGCGAUAUCGUAAUCGAGAUGAUGCGCCUGAGUACUCUUCGCAACCACGGUAUGAUCGAAACCGGACUCAAGGUUACCAUGCGAGACGCGAAGAAAGAAGAUGGCCAGAUAGUCGCAACGCUGAGAAUCGUCAUACCAUACGCGAGUCGCGGCCCGGACGUCAGAUUCGUCAAUCUGACUAUGAUCUUAGGACCGACCGCCAAUAUGACCGGCGGGGCGGAAGGGGCCAAGGUCGUGAUGACGACAUGAACAUGCGCCAACGCGGCAGGAGCACAGACAGAGGCGACGGACGUAGGUAAUCCAGGGGGGAAAGAGUCUAAUGAGCGAGCGGCAGUAUGCUCUGAGCGGACGUGUAAAGCAGUGACAUAAUCAGAACGAGGGAAUUUGAGAGAUGUGGCCGCCCGAACUUCAGCAUUUCGACAUGGCCGCAGCUGACUUUCUUCAAGUAGGGUGUAGAUCUUUGGAA